CAAAGAAAACAGAGGAGAGGCAGAGUCACACUUCUCCAUGAAAACAGUGACAUCCCAUCCGUUGCUGUCUUCCUACCCUCGUUGUUCCCUGCUCUGUUCUGCUCUGUUUUCCGUGACAUAAUAAUUCUAAUAUUGUCCCAACGACAGCCCUUCUGAAGAAAGUUGAUUUUGAACCGAACCAAUCUCAUCUGAACCUGCUAAGGCUUGUUCUAUCGAGGAAUAGAGACAUUAGAUCACAUCACAGUGCUUUCACUCCUGGCGUCGAUCCCCCAUUGUUUCUGCCUCUUCCUCUUCUGUUCUUUGCUCCUGUCCCCCUCUGCUUAUUAAUUCUGUGCUGGGGGGUCUGCCUGAUCGAUUUAGCUGUCUUCAGAGAAGAAGGGGAUAGGAGAAACAAUGGUUUUGGAGGGAGAACAGAGUGUGAGUCUCGACAUUCUGAGGCAGAAGAUGGCGGAUUUCGCCAAGGAACGGGACUGGGAUCAGUUCCACAGUCCCCGGAACCUCCUCCUGGCCCUGGUGGGGGAAGUAGGGGAGCUAUCGGAGAUAUUCCAAUGGAAGGGAGAGGUUCCCAAAGGGCUGCCCGAUUGGGAAGAAGAAGAGAAAGUUCAUCUAGGGGAAGAGCUCUCUGAUGUUCUGCUCUACCUCGUCAGGCUCUCCGACAUAUGUGGGAUCGAUCUCGGGAAAGCCGCCCUUCGGAAGGUCGACCUCAACGCCCUAAAGUACCCCGUCACCCUCUGCAAGAAACUAUCCGCCGUCGAGGCAGAAGUCGAAUUAGACAGUAGUAAUACUGGUGCCGAAGGUGAUGACCAAGUUUGACUGAGAACGUUACUGUCAUGUUUUGGUAUGAAAGAAUGAAACGACUCGAAUGGGAUCAUUUCAUAAUAUAAAA